AUGGGUAAGGACAAGUAUGAAAACGAGUCUUUAAUUGAACAUUCGCAUCGUAAGAAUAUAUGGUUUCAUGUAGAUAAUUUAUCUUCAGCUCAUGUGUAUUUACAGCUCACCAAGGAAGAGAUACUUGACUGGAAAUCAUUUGACACUUUCCAUAUUGACCAACAGUUACUAAGCCAAAUAUGUCAAUUGACCAAGGCCAACUCGAUUAAGGGUAAUAAAUUGGAUAAUGUCAAGGUGAUAUAUACACCUUGUGAGAAUUUACAUACAGAUGGAUCAAUGGAUACAGGAACGGUAAUUUAUAAGAACCCAAAGUUGGUUAAACGGUUUAAUGUAGUAAAAAGGCAAAAUGCAGUGAUUAAUAAACUAAACAAAACAAAACGGGAAACAAGCACAGAUGAGUUUAUCAAGUCACUGCAAAAACUUGUCAAUGAAAUUGAACUUGAAAGGAAAAAGAUAGAGAAGGAAGAAGAAAAGUUGAACAGGAUGUAUGAGAGAGAAAAGAAGCAGAACCAGGACCCGUAUGGUGAUCUUUUUACCAGUGAAAAUAUGCAACAACAGAGUAAAAGAAGCAAUUUUGAAGAAGAUUUUUGGUAA